UGACCUUAGAGAACACACAGGCUCUGCUGUGGGAGUCAGGACAAUCCCAUCUGGAACCUGCACACCUCUCCCCGGAUGGAAUCUGCAUUUCCUGCAGACUGGCCUGUGACCUGUCCAUCCCUCUGACCUCUUGGCCAAGAUUCCAUGGCCAGACCACCCUGUGACUCCAUGUCCCCCCCAUUCCAGGACCCCCCCUGGCCCCAUGACUCUGUGACUUCCAUGGCCUCAUGACCCCUGACCUCCCAUGUGACUACCCUGAACUGUGAUCCCCGUGAAGUCUUCCCUUCACCUCCACCCUCCCCUGCUCCCAGGGACUUGGGUCCUGGCUCCCCUGUGGGGUUCUGUUGGUCUGGGCCUCCUCAAGAAGAUGUUGGGCAGGCUCUGGCCCUUUCUUCUGAGCUUCCUCAUACCACCUGCCAUCUCUGGACCCUCAAUGCGACGUUCAUCCAGAGAACUGGAUGCCACCCCUCGGAUGACCAUCCCCUAUGAAGAGCUCUCCGGGACCCGGCACUUCAAGGGCCAAGCCCAGAACUACUCCACACUGUUGCUGGAGGAGGCCACGGGGAGGCUGCUGGUGGGAGCCCGUGGCGCCCUGUUCUCACUCAGUGCCCAGGACAUAGCAGAUGGUGCUCACAAAGAGAUCCACUGGGAAGCCUCCCCAGAGAUGCAAAAUAAAUGCCAUCAGAAAGGGAAAAACAAUCAGACAGAGUGCUUCAACCAUGUGCGAUUCCUCCAGCGGCUCAAUGCCACCCACCUUUAUGCAUGCGGGACACAUGCCUUCCAGCCUCUCUGUGCAGCCAUUGAUGCUGAGGCCUUCACCUUGCCAGCCAGUUUUGAGGAGGGGAAGGAGAAGUGUCCUUAUGACCCUGCCCGUGGCUUCACAGGCCUCAUCAUUGACGGAGGCCUCUACACCGCCACACGCUAUGAAUUCCGGAGCAUUCCUGACAUCCGCCGGAGUCGCCACCCACACUCACUCAGAACUGAGGAGGCACCCAUGCACUGGCUCAAUGAUGCUGAGUUUGUAUUCUCUGUGCUGGUGCGGGAGAGCGAGGCCAGCGUUGUGGGUGAUGAUGACAAGGUUUACUACUUCUUCACGGAGCGGACCGCUGAGGAGGCCUCCAGCAGCAGCUUCACUCAGAGCCGCAGCAACCACCGUGUGGCCCGUGUAGCCCGAGUGUGCAAGGGAGACCUGGGCGGAAAGAAGAUCCUGCAGAAGAAGUGGACAUCCUUCUUGAAGGCUCGCCUCAUCUGCCACAUCCCCCAGUAUGAGACCCUGAGGGCCGUUUGCAGCCUGGACACUGAUGCCUCCGCCCGCACGCACUUCUACGCAGCCUUCAUACUCACCACGCAGUGGAAGACCCUGGAGGCUUCAGCCAUCUGCCGCUAUGACCUGGCCGAGGUGCAGGCUGUCUUUGCGGGUCCUUACAUGGAGUACCAGGAUGGGGCCCGGCGCUGGGGCCGCUACGAGGGUGGAGUACCUGAACCCCGGCCUGGCUCAUGUAUCACAGAUUCACUACGAAGCAAAGGCUACAACUCAUCCCAAGACCUGCCAUCUCUGGUCCUGGACUUCGUGAAGUUGCACCCCCUGAUGGCUCGGCCUGUGGUACCCACGCGCGGCCGGCCCCUGCUGCUCAAACGCAAUGUGCGCUACACACACCUCACAGCAAUAGCCGUGACGACACCUACUGGCCCCACCUAUGACCUGCUCUUUCUGGGCACAGCUGAUGGCUGGAUCCAUAAAGCUGUGGUCCUUGGUUCUGGAAUGCACAUUAUUGAGGAGAUCCAAGUAUUCAGAGAGCCUCAGCCUGUGGAGAACCUGGUCAUCUCUCCAAUGCAGCACAGCCUCUAUGUAGGGGCCGCUAGUGGAGUCAUUCAGCUCCCGCUGUCCAGCUGUUCCCGCUACCGUACCUGCUAUGACUGCAUCCUGGCCCGGGAUCCCUACUGCGGCUGGGACCCCAGCAACCAUGCCUGCACAGCAGCCACCGUCACAGCCAACAGGUCUCAGGGCUCCAGGACAGCACUGAUACAGGAUAUUGAGAGAGGAAAUCGAGGCUGUGAGGGCAGCAUGGAGACAGGGUCACCACCACCUCUGAAGAUCCGCUCUGUGCUCCGGGGUGAUGAUGUCCUCUUGCCGUGUGACCAGCCAUCCAACCUGGCCCGAGCCUUGUGGCUGCUCAACGGGAGCAAGAGCCUGAGCGAUGGGCAAUUUGGCUACCGUGUCGGGGUGGAUGGACUGCUGGUGACGGACAUACAGCCACAGCACAGCGGCAAGUAUGGCUGCUACGCCGAGGAAAAUGGCCUGCGCACACUGCUGGCUUCCUACAGCCUCACCGUGCGGCCCGCCACCCCUUCCCCAGUGCCCCAAGUUCCUGCCACACCCAGGGCACAGCUAGCACCCGAUGUCAGGCUGCUCUACGUGCUGGCCAUCGCCACACUCGGUGGCCUCUGCCUUAUCCUGGCCUUCUCCCUCCUCUAUGUGGCCUGUCUGCGAGGAGGCAGAGGAGGGCGCCGGCGGAAGUACUCGCUGGGUCGGGCUGGCCGGGCAGGGGGCUCUGCUGUGCAGUUGCAGACAGUCUCAGGCCAGUGUCCAGGAGAGGAAGAUGAGGGCGACGAUGACGGGGAAGGAGCUGGGGGACUGGAGGGAGGCUGCCUCCAGAUCAUACCCGGAGAAGGAGCACCGGCACCCCCGCCCCCACCCCCGCCCCCGCCACCCGCGGAGCUGACCAAUGGACUGGCAACCCUGCCCAGCCGGCUGCGAAGGAUGAAUGGCAACAACUACGUUCUCCUGAGGCAGAGCAACAACGGAGUGCCCGCCGGGCCCUGCUCCUUCGCAGAGGAGCUCAGCCGCAUCCUGGAGAAGAGGAAGCACACACAGCUCAUCGAGCAGCUCGACGAGAGCUCCGUCUGAGCCCAGGCCGCCACGAGGCUCCUCCCAGCCGGCCUGUCUGCCCUGGGCCGGGGCCGUUGUCUCCAAGACACCCCUUUUCCCCAGCCUACCCCUCGGCAACAUGCCUCCCCACCCCAAGUUCCCAGGUCUCUGUAGGGCUGGCCCAUCACGCCCAGUCAAAACCCCCUCGCAGUCUCCAAGCCCCCCACCUGUGAGCAGCCCAGGCCCACCGGUGCUCCUCCGAGGUAGGUGCUGCCCUGGGACCAGGUGCUCUAAACCCACACAUUAGGGAGGAGAGGCCUCUUCCUCCCGUCCCAUUCCUCUUUCUCCCAGGCAGGGCUCUGCAGGUCCAGACGGCCUCCCUGUCACCACCCCAAGCAUGGCCCAGAGGCCAGACAAGACCUCAGCAGC